AUGCGGACAGUGGUGCUCCUCCUCAUAAUGGGAAUAGUGGAUCUGAGCUUUGGCCAACGUUACAGCCAGUUGCAGUGGUUGUCCCAUCUGCGAGGACGGCGGUGGCAUGCAAGCUGGCAGGCUGAAGACGUGGACUGCCCCCUGGAGUGCGACUGCCCCUCAACCUACCCAACAGCGAUGUACUGUCACAGCCGCAACCUUCAGCAUGUUCCCUACGUUCCCUCACAUGUAAAGUACGUCUACCUGCAGGGUAACCAGAUCACAGGCAUCCAGGAUGGCGUGUUUGACAACGCCACCAGCUUAGUCUGGGUUGUUUUAUUCCACAACCAGCUCAACUCAGACAAGAUCGGCAAGAAUGUCUUCAGCAAGCUCAAGAACCUGGACCGACUGUUCUUGGAUCACAACGAGCUGACCCGUGUUCCUCCCAACUUGCCUAAGUCUAUAACAGAACUGCGGCUUGGUCACAACAAGAUCUCAAAAAUCCUGUCCAACACAUUCGAGGGGAUGGCCAACCUCACCAGUCUUAAGCUCCAAGCAAACGACUUAGAGGACAUUGGAGGUGUGUUCAAGGGACUGAAGUCUCUGACCCUGCUGGAUAUGAGGAAAAACAAGCUCAGGAAAAUCCCUGAUAACCUCCCCGAGAGGCUGCAGCAGCUAUACCUGGAGUUUAAUAACAUUGAGAGUGUGCCGACGGGCUUCCUCACCAUGUAUCCCAAACUGAAGUUUAUCCGGUUAGCUCACAACAAGUUGACUGAUAAAGGACUGCCCUCAAAUGUCUUCAAUAUAAGCACGCUGGUUGAGCUAGACCUUUCCUUCAAUAAACUGGAGAAGAUCCCCAUUGUCAGUAGGAACCUGGAGAACCUUUAUUUACAAGCCAAUAAGAUCAAAGAGUUCUCCUUGAGCAGUUUCUGUGGACACGAGAGAGACAUGACAAACUUCUCCCAGCUAAGAAUGCUGCGUUUGGAUGCCAAUGAGAUCAGUGCCAAAGACAUUCCUGCUGAAGCUGCCUACUGUUUGCGGCGUGCUGCCUUUAUCGACGUGUAA